CAGAAGAUCCUGUGACCCGCAGACAGACAGACAGAGAGACAGACCGAAAGAGAGACAGACAGAUGAUGAAGAUGGUCUCCUCCUCGCGUCUCCGUUGCCUCCUCCUCCUCCUUUUCUCCCUCGCCGCCUCCAUCAGCUGCUCCUCCGCGGCUCAGAGAGACUCCAAACUCCGCCUGCUGCUGCACCGGGCCCCGCUGCUGAGCUCCAAACAGGACGUGUCUCGCUCCUCACUGGCCGAGCUGCUCCUGUCUGACCUCCUGCAGGUUGAGAAUGAGGCUCUGGAGGAGGAGAACUUCCCUCUCGCCGAUGGAGAACCUGAAGAUAUCCAUGUUGACCUGGAACGAGCUGCCGCUGGUGCCACCGGGCCUUUGCUUGCCCCUCGGGAGAGGAAAGCAGGCUGCAAGAACUUCUUCUGGAAGACAUUCACUUCUUGCUGAGACCCUGCCCCCUCCCUGACACUGUACAGAAACUGUAUUGAUUGUUUGUUUUAGAUUUUUCUGAGAUGAUUCUUUCUGAAUGUUAACACGAUGAAACUAUUUUUAAUUGUCGGUUUGAAUAAAAUCAGUUUGAAACAAACA